AUGUGGAGGACAUGUGGAGGACAUGUGGAGGACAUGUGGAGGACAUGUGGAGGACAUGUGGAGGCAGGUGAUAACAGGUGUGGGGAGAACCUUCCUCUCGCUACGUCAUGGGGUUCUUAUUAUUAUAGCUCGGUCCGGAGGGAGUUAGAGGGUCGCUGGUUCAAGUCCCAGUAUGGACCAAAGUACAGAGUGGGGAUUGGCCGUGUGUCUCUGACCCGGGGCGCCUCUCUGCUGGUGGAUCAGCUGACCCUAGAGGACGAGGGCUGGUUCGAAUGUCGCAUCCUGCUUCUGGACCGCCAAAAAGACGACUUUAGAAACGGCACGUGGACCUUCCUCUCCAUCACAGCUCCACCCGUGUUCAUCAAGACUCCACCAACCUUCGUGGAGGUCCUGCUCGGAGACUCGCUGACGCUCAGCUGCGGCGCCCACGGCAACCCUCGGCCAACUGUUGUUUGGCAUAAAGAUGAGCGCCGAAUCGAGAAACAUGAAAAAAUAAAAGUGCUCAAUGGGACCUUGUCCGUGGCCGCCGUCUCAAGGAAUUUCUCAGGAGUGUACAAGUGUCACGUGUCCAACUCCGAGGGGAACCUGACCCACUCCAUGCAGCUGCAGGUUAAAGGACCCCCGAUCAUCAUCAUCUCCCCAGAGGACACCACUCUCAACAUGUCCCAGGAUGCAGUUCUGCAGUGUCAGGCGGACGCUUACCCUUCCAACCUCACGUACGAGUGGCUGAAACAAGGACAGAACGUCUACCAUAUUGAGUCCCUGAAGUCCAGAGUGAAGGUUUUGGUGGAUGGAACACUUCUCAUCCCUAAUCUCAUCCCAGAGGACGCUGGCAACUACACCUGUAUCCCGACUAACGGGUUACUCACCCCCCCCUCAGCCUCUGCACACCUGAAAGUGAAACACCCUGCACGUGUGGUCCGAAUGUCCCGGGAAACGUACUUGCCCGCGGGCAUGGAGGGCGUCAUUACCUGCCCCGUUCAGGCUGAUCCCCCGGUGUUGUACGUCAACUGGACCAAAGAUGGAAGCAGUUUGAAUCUUGACAACUUACCAGGCUGGAUAGUGAACUCCGAGGGCUCCGUUUUCAUAGCAACAGCCAAUGACAACGCAGUGGGCAUGUACACGUGCACGGCCUACAACAGCUACGGCACCAUGGGCAAGUCUGAACCCACCAAAGUCAUUUUGCAGGACCCUCCAUCUUUCCGAGUGCCUCCUCGGGCCGAGUAUCUCCAGGAAGUGGGCAGAACCUUGAUCAUCCCCUGUGAAGCUAUCGGGGACCCCGCUCCCAACAUCACAUGGAGCAAGAGGUCGGCCCACUCACCCAGCACCAUGACCACAGUGCCCGCGCUGACGGUCGCCACUCGGUUGGUCGCCAGGCACUCCCAGCCCCCCUGGUGGUCUUUACUGAGCGGCUGCAGCAGCAGCGAGCCGUUGGCCAGCACGGUGUACGGGGAGCGAGGGCUCGGCCCAAUCUGGGAGGAACCAGAUCACAACAGGCUGAAAAUCAUGGCUCCAAAAUCAUGGUGUCACCCGGUGCCAACAGAAGGACCCACAGCCGACGCAUCUCUCCCGAUCCUGGACCCCCCCGGGCUGCUGUCAGCCAACCGGACGGACCGAGGCUUUCUGCUGCAGUGGUCGCCUCCGGAGGCUCCGUCCUCGCCGCUGACCGGCUACGUGCUGCAGGCCCGCAGGGAUCAGGGCCAGUGGGUCAUCCUCAGCAGCAACAUCAGUGCCAAUCAGAGCCAAGUACUCGUAGAAGGACUGCUAAGGGACUCCAGUUACGAUCUGAGGCUGAUGUCUCUCAGCAACAAAGUCCUCAGUGAACCCAGUGAGUCUGUCAAUGUCUCCACAACAGGUCCUUCUCAGAAAGACACCAAUAAGAAGUCUUAA